GUUUAACCACGAUCGGAGGUGUGGCCAACCUUUUGAAGAAGACUGUAUAUUCAUGUAAUCAUCAGCAUUCCCACACUGACCAAGGCCUACUAGUGUUAAGGGUAAGAUGUUAUGGUCUAAUUCGAAGAAAUUAAUAACUUUAAUCUAAAAUCGAAUUAAACCAGUAAAACGACGAAUUAUUGCUCAGGCUAUAAUCAGUGACAAUUGAGAGAAGUGUCACACGAAUCUUCCAAACAUUUCAAAAAGAAAUUGACGACAUACGGUAUCUAAACAUUUUAUCAUGUCUGUCACCGGAAAGUAUAGCUUAAGAUCAGAUGAUGCGUACCUCAGAAAAGCCGAUCUUCCACCAAAAUAUGAAGAAAUUGACGUGGAAAAGAACCCCGCUGUUAAUGCUGUAAGUGCUAACGUUGAAGGCAAUGGAUUGCCCAGCAAAGAAAAGGAGUUGGAGGCCGAUGCAGACGAUGACUUUGUUGAGACAAGAAAAACGUUUGCGUACAGACUUGGCAAACAAAUACUAUUGUUUUUUAUAUGGAUUAGUAUAGGUUUGUUCCUUGAGAUCACCGGGCCCGCCCUGCAGGACCUCAUGGUUCGAGUGGAUUCGAACUAUGAGGAAAUAUCGCGUGGGUUGACGGGGAAGAGUGUCGGUGUGUUUGUCGGGGCAAUCAUGGGUGGUUAUCUCUGUGACAGAUUCAGUCGCCAUGUAGAUUUGUUGAUGUCUAUGGCGUUGUUCGUGGCGGCUGUUGCUACAGUGUUCGUACCCUGGUGUAACAAACUUGGUCUUCUGGCAGUCAUGUUUCUGCUGCAAGGGACAGCAGAGGGCGUUAUCAAUGCAGGUGGCAAUGCAAUGACGCUGAACCUCUGGGGAGAGAGAGCGGCGGCCCCUAUGCACUCCCUCCACUUCGGCUUUGGAAUCGGCGCUAUUGUUGCGCCACAGCUCGCGCGACCAUUCCUGAUGGAGGAUAAAAAUGCGAACACUGGUACAUCUGGUGAAUUAAAUUGCUCUGCCAUUAACAAUCCGAUUACUGAUAAUGUUGUUGUUACAACUGCCAUGAUGAAUGCGUCACAAGGUGGAGGUCGCUCGUGGGAUGAUUCCCAAAUCCAAUGGCCGUAUUUAGGCAUUGCCGUAUACGUGGCUAUUUUGAGCGUAGCGGUGUUGGGUCUUUACUUAAAGGGACCUCCAAAGGGGUUCAGGAUGCGUACCCCUAAAGCUAAUGACGUUACCACCGAUAUAAAGGAUAUUGUCAACCCAGCUACGUGUAACCAAGGCGAUAUGGGUAUCGGUUUAGUGUUCUUCAUCCUCUUGUUCAUUUAUUUCAUCCAGGGAUCUGGCGGGGAAAGAGCCUAUGGGAAGUUCCUCUUUUCAUACGCCAAAGACGAAAUUAAAAUGAACAAUGCCCAGGCUACCACAUUAAACAGCGUUUUCUGGGCAUGUUUCACCGCUGGACGUGCACUUUCUAUCCUCAUCGCAAGCCUUAUUCCCGUCCAAAUAUUCAUGGGUUUGGAUAACAUUUUGGUGUUAGCGGUAGCAAUUGUGCUGGCGAUAUGGUCCAAUGUUUGCCCUUAUACGAUCCUAUGGGUCUUCUCUGGGCUUUUGGGCGCUGCGUAUGCACCCAUAUUUCCAAAUGGAUUCGCAUGGGCUAAUAGGUACAUGGAUAUGACGGCGACGGCAGCUUGCGUCAUGAUGAUGGGGGGCGCUUGUGGGGGUUUCAUCUAUCAAUACAUGACGGGAGCUCUAGUACAGCAAAACUUUCAAAAUCUGAUGUACGUUGAAGUUGGCCACGGAAUAUGUCUAAUGGUCGUAUUUAUCCUGAUGUGUAUAUUAGGCAGAUACAGGGGCGAAAAGUUUGACAGAAUUAAAGAACAGUUGGAAGCUGAGGAAAAUGACGGCUUCGAAAUGUCUAAAGUUGAAAAGAGCUAAACGGAUUAAUAAUCAACAUGUUUUCUAGUGUAGGGCCUAUGGAAUUUAAAUGAACUGAAAUGCCGGGGUUGUAAUUAACCAGAUGUUAAUUAAUUAACGUCUAUGUACAUUGACCUAUAGUUUACACCUGAUAUUUUUCAUGUAAUAGGGCUACAUGUAUUUGUCUUUAAAUAAUGUACAUCUAAAGAAUUUACAUUAUUUUUUAUAAAAUAUUAUGCUUUUUAUUACAAAUUAUAUUUAUAUACUAUUCAAUUUACACAAUCAUUCAGUGAUAUAUAAUUGGUUUCAUUCUAGACUAUAUUCAAAUAUGAUACAUGAUAAACAUAUACAUUGUAUAUAAACAGCAUCUUCACAUUGCUGGCUUUGCAAGUUGUGUAUCACAUG